AUGGAAAUAAUGCACGGGGCAUACGAACGUGUUAGCUCUGUUGCGCAAGUUACCUCUUAUAUACGUGAUAUUUCCUUCAAUUCUUCGGUUCAAUCCGAAUAUGCUGACCUGCCUGAACAUUUGCAAAUAAGUUAUGACUGCGCUAAAAAUCCUUGGGCGAAUUUAUUCAUGCAAGAUUUUAUUAUGGUAGCCGAAUUUUCUGAACAUGAAGGCCCCAGACCUUUGGUGAGUUGGUAUCAAUUAAUAUUAAAUUUACACUCUUGACAUUUUAAUUUCUUAAUAAAUAAUAAUUGCAGUUAAUUAAUUGAUUGUAAAUAUUGACAAAAUAUUAACAUACAUUAAUUCAAUAUUUUGUACCAUAUUAAGCAGCCGAACAAAUAUACUGUUAUCCUCAAAAUAUCAUUAAAUAGUUGUAAAAUAUAUAUUCAAUAUUUUAACUUUGCUAUAUAAUUGCACUUUAUUAUACAUCUUACAGAUAUUUGUCCAGUCUCUCAUGGUAUGUCAUUUGGUUAUUAAUUGUAUAUGGUGUAACCAUGCGACCGGGCAAUUUGUAAGAUACACAUUAAAUCGUAAGUUAAUAUAUUGACCACUCUUCAACAAAAUUAUUUUGUACUAAUUUAUCUUUGAUAGUUCACAAUACCGGAUGAUGCUGGCAAGAUGUUUGAUCAGAAUGCCUUCUCUGUUCAUGUCAUGUCUGUUGACUAUCAUGCACAAUCUGGGUACUUCAUCAUUGUUCUAUUCUAAUUAGUUUCUGUAGCAUCUACAAGCCACAGGCCAAUUGAUGAGGGCAAAUUCCUCCUCUUUAUUUUCAGCCUUUCAUUUUCGCUUGUGGACGACACUCAACUGAUUUUCUCUGAAGACCGAGAAAAUAUUUAUGCUUAUGUAAGUAUAUAACCCAUACUACAUACUUAAUGUUGCUAUUUAGUCAAUCGGGUAGUUGGUCGUUUGGUCAAUUUAGUUAGUCAUUCAGUUGGUCGGUCGGUCAUUCAUCCUGUCAAUCAGAUAAAUAUUCAGUUAAUCAUGCUAUCAUCAAGUUCGUCAAGCAGUCAACGAACAUGCUGGAGUGCUUGAUGGACUGUGUGCAGGUCAUAUAGUAUAAAUUAAAACAAGUGGAUAAAAUGACCUUAUAUUUUUCUUCUUUCGAUCCUUUUAUAUUUUUCGAUCUUUCAUCCAGGUACACCAUUUUAUCUUACAUGAUAUUGAGGCGAGAGGUUUUGUUCGACCAUUUUGUAUGUGCUACAUCAGCAACAGCAAGAAGUAAGCGAAUGUUUUGAUAUUAUGCUUAAUAUAUAGUUCUGCUAAACAUAAUAUCGGACUGGAAAUCUAUUCUGCUCUCAGUUGAUGUAGUGAUGUCGCACUGAUGAUUUGUCAGAAAAGGUCCGGAUAAGGUUUUAUGCAUGGCAGGGUUACAGCUUUGUGUUGUGUUACUACAUCAACUUAGUUCAGAGUAAACUUUCCCAAUAUUGGACAGAAAAAUUGUGGCUUAAUGCAAUCAAUGCAUGUAUAUGUUAGUUAACUGCCACUGUUGUAAUACAGUAUUUCGACAAUUCCUACAUUUACCUACUUUUUCAAAUUUAAUCGAAAUGAUUUACUGUGUUUUAAAUAGAAAAAUCAUGGACAAUUUAGAACAUUUCAUUCAUGAAUUUAGCAAGGUAAUAAAAAUGUCUAGCUUUUGAUAAAUGCCAGCGAAGUAUAGACUAUAAGUAUAAAUUAAACCAUUCUUAAUUAUUCGUUGUUUUCUUUAAUUUUUUAUUCUAAAGAUUUCAAACCAUUUUAAAACGGCCAAUAGACCUUUGUUUCUCGAUGAUUUAAAACAACGAAUUGCCGACCUAAAUUAUGUAAAUGGUAAGUACAAAAAAUUGUUCAAUUAUUCAGUCUUUAAAAAUUGAUACCAGUACAAUUCAUGCUGGUUUUAUUUCUAAUAGGUUGCUAUGAAAACCUUGAAACAAAAAAUUCCGAAUGGGUAGAAGUAUCAAAGGUUAAAUGCAUUAUUAUAUAUUGGUCUUUUAGACCUUUUCAGGUUACUGUUAGGUUUCAAAUUUCCAUAAAAUAAAAUGGCAUUGUUUUGUUGUUUAGAAUGUAUGUAAAAAUUUUCAUGGUCUUAAUAAGGAGACUGUCGACUGCAUGUUGACUGAAGCAAACGGAGCCAUCGCUGUUCUCAAGACUUCAAAACUUGUAAGUAAUUUUGUUUGUCUGACAGUGUAUGGGUUGGACAUACACACAUGGAAUUGACAAACAAAACUUGCCAUAUGAAAACUCAAAACUUGUCAUAGAAAACUUGCUUGUAGUGUAUAACUGACUUAAACCGACUACCAGUAGUACAUAAAUAUUAUGGAGUGCUGGUCUUAAUUGUUUCUGUUAUAAACUACAGGCGUCGAGAAAAAGCUCAGUUGGUGAUAACGAAUUUGAGAAAAAUUCUUCCGAUACGAAAGGUAAAUAUUUUAAUGUUUUAUGUUUGUACAAUAGUCGGGGAAUGUAGCUAUACAAUUAAAAUGUUUUUAGAUGAUUCUGAAAUGGCAGAGAAUCUCAAUGCUGAACAAGUGCCUAAAGAAACAUCUAAUGCACAAGACACAUCAUGCUAUCAACUGUCAAAUGGAGGACAAAUUCAUGAUGUAAGAAAUAUGGCAUUAAACUUAGUACUAAUUUUAUUCCCUGUAAUACUGACAUCUCUCGAACACUGACAUCUCUCUAAUACUGACACCUGUCUAAUACUGACAUCUGCCUAAUACUGACACCUGUCUAAUACUGACAUCUCUCUAAUACUGACAUUUUUCUAAUACUGACAUCUGUCUAAUACUGACACUUUUCUAAUACUGACAUUUGUCUAAUACUGACAUCUCUCUAAUACUGACAUCUCUCUAAUACUGACAUUUGUCUAAUACUGACAUCUCUCUAAUACUGACAUUUGUCUAAUACUGACAUCUCUCUAAUACUGACAUCUCUCUAAUACUGACAUGAUCUGUCUAAUACUGACAUCUGUCUAAUACGGACAUCUCUCUAAUACGGACAUCUCUCUAAUACAGACAUCUCUCUAAUACGGACAUCUGUCUAAUACUGACAUCUCUCGAAUACUGACAUCUCUCGAAUACUGCAUGACAUCUCUCUAAUACGAACAUCUCUCUAAUAUGGACACCUCUCUAAUAUGGGCACCUCUCUAAUACAGGCACCUCUCUAAUACAGGCACCUCUCUAAUACAGACACACCUCCAACACAAACAUUUUGUUGUGUUCCCUCUUUGUCUGUGUUACUGUCGUUCCAAUUGAAGUGUUGCUCAAAUAUUGAUUCAAUACAUUACCUUGGGCUGACCAAUUCAUUUCAUCAAGUUCCUCGAGAUAUUCAUACACUUCCUAGUAUAAUUGUAAACUUCCUGUUGAAUAGUUUGAAUGCACCAAUCACCUUUGUUGUUUGUGCAACUAGCCAAUCAUAAAUAGAAAGGAAGUGACCAGAAAUGAUCAAAUACUUGGAAUUGGCUCUUUCACAGGAAGUGUAUGAAUAUCUUGAGGAACUUGAUCAAAUGAAUUGGUCAGCCCGAGGUAAUGUAUUGAAUCAAUAUUUGAGCAACACUUCAAUUGGAACGACAGUAAAGGGGUUCCACUCUAACUUGUAUUAUUUGUGUACCUUGUAUAUCUAAUAAUUAUGAUUGUGUACUCUAAUAAUGCUAAUAUAAAUUAUUUUCGUCUUCUUUCAGGAAAUCAUCGAACGUUUGCUUCGUGAACGAAAGAGACAUCUGUUGUCACUUAGGUAGGUGUAUUUUCUUUGUCUGGUUUGCUUGUACAAGCAAAGAUCCCAUAGUCCCAAACUGCUUUUGAACUAGCUUAGCAUGAUUCUCAGCGAGUUGAGCUGAUGAUCAACAAUAACCUUAAUUUUUCAGAGAUAUUCAUGCCCUAUGUGGUUACCGUGCAGUCGAAGGUCUGGCGUCUCUUCAGAAAAUACACCAAGUAUGCGACAUUUCUGCUAUCAUUUGUGUCUGAACUAUGUGAAAAACUUAAAAACUUUUGACUUUCCCAGCGAAGUUCCUCUGUCAAGAGAGCUUUCACCAGUAGCUUCUUGUAGAAUACUGCCUACACUGCACUACCAGAUUUGAGAUAUCUUUUUCAGGUAGUUCAGACACAAACCAAUUGUGCUGUGAUAUAUCAUAGAAUACUGCAUACACUGGACCAUCACAUUUGAGAUAUCUUUUCAGGUGGUUCAGACACAAACCUUAUUAUAGAAUACUACUUAAACUAGACCACCACAUUUGAAGCAUUACUAUUAUUACUGCAAAUGGACCCUUGCAAAGCACGAUAUGCAAAAUUGUAUAUAUUUAUUUUCUAGCAUUUUUAUCAACCAUAUGAAGUGUUCUCCAUCAUCAAAGAAGAAACACCUUUGCUAGGUAUUAUGGAACUGUUUUGUUUUAUCGUUUCUUUUUUUAAUAUAGCUCAUCUAAAAAAGAACUGUGUUGUUAUAUUAUCGUUGUUAGAUCCGUCUCCAUCGACAUUUGCGAUUGGCAGUAGUUUUGUGAUGAACUUUCGUAAAAAUAUACAUCUGUAAGCAUAUACUAAAACCAAACAAAUUUUGCUGUAGUAAUUGGUGUAUCCAACAUUAAUAAUGUAUGUAUUAUGUUUUUAGUCCGAAAGCAGAUUCGACAUCUUUCUUUUCAUCCGAUCCUUUCCUCAGGAACUCUGUAAGUAAUCACAUUGCUUGAAAUUAAACUCAACUAAACUAACUUUACUCAUACUUGAUAUAGCUCUAUAUCAAUUCUUACUAAAUUGUUAUAUCCAUGCAUGAAGGAUCAUCCCUCAAUGAUCCAGUGUUACUACAGGAGGAAACCAAAAUAUAAUUUCCUGCUAUGCUAGUGGGUAGCUAUAGGUGAAAGGCGCAUACACUAUAACCACUUUGCCACGAAGGUCAUCUGUUCCGAAGUGUAAACUAUGAAAUGUUGUUUCUCUCUUUUGCUACCGUGCAGUUUGAAAGUGCUCGCAGUGAGCUCAGUAGUGAAUCGUUUCAAUCUUGUGUCGAAGAGAAUGAAUCAGAUCGCGAAGGAUUUCCCGGAGAAAGACAUUUCUCUCUUCGUACACCUUUCUCUGUCAUGUAAGUUGAAAGUAGCGUUAUCAUUGAUAGGAAAAAUGCCAGAGAGAUUUUUUGUAGUAAUAUCACACAAGCAAAAACAUUUACUAUAUGACAUGAUUGUACAAAUUAUUCAAGGGUGGGUUGACUACAAAAUUUUUGUAGUUCGCUAUAACUACAGCUACUUCAAAAAUAUGUAGUCAGCUACAACUACUGCUACUUUUGAACAAAGGUAGUUCGCUACUGACUACAGCUACUGCUUAAAAAUUGUAGCGAACUAUUUCGCUAUUUCGCUACACUAUAUUUUUUAGUUUUACUAUAUUUGGAGCAUCUACUAACUCAGGCAGUAAUGUAAUCUAUAACAAAUCGACUUACGAGUCGCAACAGUAAACACAAAGCAACAUUUUUGUAAGCACUACAGUGUUCAGGAGUGCAAUUGAGUAUUGAUUUUAAACAAACCGUGUCUCAAUAUCAUGCUAUUCUAUCAAGUUGCUAACAAUUUUAAAAAGUAGCGAAUAGCGAUUCGCUGUUUGAAAAGUAGUCAACUACUUGGCUACUUUUAGGCAAAAUGUAGUUCACUAUAACUACAACUACUGUUUUAAAAAAGUAAUCAAAAACUACUGGCUACUUGAAAAUUGUAGUUCGCUACAGUAGCGACUACAACUACUUCGCUACAACCCACCCUUGAAAUUAUUGUACAUCCUAUUUACUCUAAAAACACUUUGGAAACUUAAACUAAGCUAUGUCAUUGACAGGGAACCCAAAAGUGAUAGAUUCUCAUUUCUACCAAUCUAGGACCACCAAAGACUUAUCCGGAGGGGCCAACUUUUCCGAUGGUAUGUCCGACCGAGCCAGUUCGGUUAACCCGAGUGUAUCCACAGCUAGCCUAGCUGACCUUAGCGAUGAUUCGACAAUAGAACGUUCUCAUACCCCCACUCCACCGUUCCCGAACCUCGCAUCCAGGCCCCACAGCGGCAGUACCGGCGACCUCCCCUCGGCUACCCAAAGUUCAUCACGGCCCUACCGAAGGCAACUUUCGGCUGUAGAAACUCAGACUAGUUAUAUGAAAGACUUGCUUAAGGAUGUCAGUCCUUCGACAAAAAAGACGGAAAAUAUUCGAAAGGAUGAAAAAGAUCGGGAAGAAGACGCGAUAUUUUUCGCGCCUGGUUCCACCCCGCAAUAUAAAGUGAUUUACAAAGACAUGUGUGAGGUUGCAUCCUCUAGUGGGUCGGCUGGUCGCGGGAGAGUUGAGGACAGAGGAAGGUAUGCUAUUUGUACCUGCAUAGUAACCUGGAAUACCACAAAACCUGUAUGGUAGUAUUGCAGAUGGUAUGAUGGAUGAUCAGAUCACAGCUUGUCAAUAACGGUUAUCUUAUUAUUUCUUAGGCUAGAGAAAAUAAAUCUACAGUGUUAUGCUCAGCAACUGUGUCGCCGUAAAUCUGAUGGACCAGGUAUAUUUUUUAUUCAGGCUUCAUACGCCCCCUGUUUUAUUCCUGGAAACUCCUUCAAAAGUCCUAGAAUUUCAAAGUGCCUGUGAUGAACCCCAUGUCUACCACCUCGCAUCUUCUCAUCUCUUCAUUCCUGAAAUGCAAUAAAAAAACUUGAAAUUUCUGCCAUGUAGGUGGUGGUGCACUUCGUGUCCUGAGAAGUUAUAGUUACCUUGUUCAUUUACUCUAUGCUUUACUGAGUGGUCGAACUGUCGUGAUACUGGCUGAUCCUUCUCAUCAAAGGUACAAAUAUUCUCUUUAAACCCUCUCCUUAUAAUCCUUAAGUAAACUCCUUAUAAUCCUUCAUUUUUCUCCUUAAAUCCCCUUCUUAGUUCUCUCCUCUUCUUAAUUCUCUCCUCGUGGAUAUGAAAAUCAUGCUUAUCAUUUUAGUCCUUUUAAACUUUCACAGAAAUGUUGAAUCUCUCAUCACUUCUUUGUGGUUGUUUGUGCCUGGACACUGUCGGUAAGCGAUGCAUGAAUUCAAGUAGGAUGUCCCAAACGCGGGGAUGUAGUGUAGGUAUAUGUAUGCAGUAUUCUGCAUAAGCUGUCGUGGUUUGUGUCUGAACUACCUGAAAAAGAUAUCUCAAACAUGGUGGUCUAGUGUAGAUAGUAUUCUACAAUAUAAGCUGCCAUGGUUUGUGUCUCAACUACCUGAAAAAGAUAUCCCAAACAUGGUGGUCUAGUGUAGGUAGUGUUCUUCAACAAGCUGUCGUGGUUUGUGUCUGAACUACCUGAAAAAGAUAUAUCAAACGUGAUGGUCCAGUGUAGGUAGUAUUCUCCAAUAAGCUUCCGUGGUUUGUAUCUAAACUACCUGAAAAAUAUUUCGACGUUCCUAGCAAAGGCCCUUAGUCAGGAAAUUAUAGUAACCACUGUUUGUCUGUAUUUGUGUAGAGGAUCACAGCAAGUUGUAUUAUGGAGAACUAAACCAUUUAGAUUGUCUGACUUAGGAAGGUACAUCAUAAACUAAAGUCCUUUGUCUUCAUUCAUGAAUCUCUGCCUUUUGAUAGCUUUUAUAUUUUCAAUAAUGUUUUAAACUACAAAUGUAUAUCAAUUUAAUUUGUUAUAUUAGAAUUAAAUUGGUGGGUCUGGCGAAAUCGAAACAAUUCAAUCUCCUACCUAAUUCAGUUGAGGUAUGGUUACCUGAUAAAUAGAAAUGGAUGGUAGGCUAAAUAUAUUAUUGAUCACAUUGCAGAUGAGCCAAUUACGGGUAUUUAUCGACUCUUUUAUUAAGGUGCUUUAAUUCGUAUGGAGGGACCAGGGACCAUUCGUAUGGCCAGGGAUGAUUCGUUUAAUAAAGUUCUUAUCACGUUUUGAUAAACAUCCAAAAUGAUGAUUUCAAAGUUGAACUAGCUUAGUUUAAUAGACAACUUGCAUGUUAGACUAAUUUUUGAUCAAGGCCAAAAAAGCAAAUUCCCGUAAAGAACUUAUUGAAAUGAGUAAAAUUGCAAAAUUUGGUUACGAAAUGUUGUAAAAUACGGAAAAUAUAGCAUUGCGAAGUUUCCAUAUUUUGUAUAUGUUUGUAUUACGUGCGAAAAUUGUUACCAUUUUUGAGCCGAAAAUGGUGACAAUUUCCGCACGUAAUAUCGGUAAUACAAACGUAUACAAAAUUUACGAACUUUGCAAGACUAUAUUUUCCAAGCUUUACAACAUUUCGCAACCAAAUUUUGCAAUUUUACUAAUUUCAUUACGUUCUUUUUAGCUGUGGUGUUUGAUUCCCUUCUCUUUACUUAGAUUAAAAUUUAGUCUAACAUGCAAGUUGUUCAUUCCAGUAACAGUAUAAAUUUCAUUCAAACGAUCUUUUGUGGUCAGGAAAAAUAUAUUUGUGACACGAUUCAUCCCGCCUGGCCCAACUCAUUUGGACAGCUCGUAAGGAUAGCUUUCGAUGUCUUGUGGUUUGCUAAUCCUAGACGCUAUUUAAGACAUCGCCAUACUAUCGUAUGUAUUCUUCACGAUUGUGUUUUCACAUCUUUCAGACAUAUGUAUCAACGCUUGAUUUUGAAUCUGGAUUUCUGACCACACCUGCUUAUAAGGUUAGAUUACAUUUCCUACAUUUAGACAAUAUAUGCCCUCUGUAUAACGUCACAAAACAAUGAGUGAUUGGAUGACACAGAGAACAGCGGGAUUUUCAAACUAAUGAAAGGACAAUGCGGCAUUCCGAUUACUCUAUUGUUAUGUGUUAUGCAGAGAGGCUGAGAGCUCAUUGCGUCUUCAAUAUGUUAAUGUUACAGUUCGAUUUAUAUUUAAAGUAUUGUGUUUGCAUUCAGGGUGAAUUUCUGAAUGAAAUGCUUGCAUCGAGGAGGUGUUGGAAGGUACUAUAUUUCUGACUUUGUCAUUGUCCAUUAACAUUAAUUGUUUAACACCCAUGCACGACUGCCGGUAGAGACUCUUUUCACAUAAGUGUCAUGAGUCAAUAUGCCAUUAAAAUGUUUAAAUCUUAAAAUUAGUUGUUGUGUUUGUUAAUGGAAUUAUUUCUUAUUAUAUUUUAGAGUGAUGCAAUGUUCAUUUCGUAUAUUCAUAGGUUUGUAUUGGACGUCUGCUUUUAAAGUUAGACUAUAUAUAACUAUUGGGGCGUAUACCCCAUUAGGCUCUUUGCUUGGAGUGUCCAGCACUAUCAGCAGGGUUUUCAGUUUAGGCCGGCGAACGGCGAAUUUCGCCAGACUUUUUCAUUCAACCCCACCCAAAUUCGCCAGAGCUUUUACAUUUAGUCACGUCUCUAUUAUGUGUACUCGCCCAAAUUUGUAAAUUUUAUCGGUAUAGAAAUAAUAUCUAUCGCCAUAGCUUCAUCGCCAUUAGCCAGAGCUUCACACAGAAUUGAAAACCCUGCUAUCAAGUCUUAGUUUUCAGUUCGUUGGUAGUGGUAGUUUCUUUAAACAUUCCCUGAGACUGGUAUACAAACGGCAGUAAUGGACAGACAGAACAACACACAGACGAUCAGACAGAUAUUAUGGAGAUACUGAAAUACUCUUAUACUUUUCAAUUUUAGUGUUUUCCUUGAAAUAAGCCUAAAAGCAUUCGUCUGUUAUUGUGCAAUUUCACUUCGGAACUCAGCCACAGAUGCUAAUUUACCAUGGUAUGCUUGCAAUGUUGUUUAUUCAAAUAUGUAGUAGUAUACAAUACUAUAUGGUUGCACCAUACUUAUAAUUUGAGUAAUCUCUCUGUAGGAAAAAGAGAACGUUAAUUCCAAGGGAAUUUUCUGUAGAGGUAAGAUUUGAGAGGAUGAUUUAAUAUCAAAGUCUUUUACAACAAAGACUCGCAAAGCUUAUUGUAGAAUACUACCUACACUGGACCAACAAACCAUGGCAGCUUAUUGUAGAAUACUAUCUACACUGGGUCCCCACGUUUGAGAUAUCUUUUUCAGGUAGUCCAGACACAAACCACGACAGCUUAUUGUACAAUGCUACCUACACAGUGAACCCUACUUUUCAGGUAAAGUGUAGAGGUCAAUUUUUUAUGUUUUCUUCUCUGUAGUUUAUGACAGAUAUUCUUGAUGCAUUGGGUAUUCUUGGCUCUGACGCUCGUAUCAUAGUGGUAAGAAGUCAUGUGCGAUAUUUAAAUUUUAUUUAUACGAUAUGAUCUUUGAUAAUAAUGAAUAUGUUCUUAAAACAUUUUCUGUAUUUCAGUACUUUCUAGAUCUGAUAGCACAUCAACAACUUGCGGAACUUCCUUCACAGCGUUACUUAGCAGGUACGUACAGUGCUGCAUUUUAGCUUGCAGAUGAGCAUCAUUGCAGGAAAUGAUGGUAGGUCCAAGCAUCCAGGAUCCCAGAAAAUUUUCAGACCUGGCUUAGCUGAUAGAAAAUUUUAGGGCAUUGCAUAAUGCUAACAGGCACAGAAAAUAAUUUAUCAGGACGAAUAUCAGUGAACUCGGCAGAAACCCUUGUCAGAAAACUCAGGAUCCCAGGCAUUUUUUAUUCCCAGACCCCCCCCCCCCUCCCCCCCGCACACACACUCGCCAGAUCUGACUGAGUCAAUCCCUGCAGAGGAACGCGUUGCUCUUUGCUACUGAGUGAAGGGAGUAUUCAGCACUGAGGUGCAAUAAACGAUUAUAUGUCCCCUGACAAAACUUUACCUCCCACAUCUAGACAACACUUCUUUCGACAGUUUAAGCUCAGGAAGUACGACCUCGUACGAGAAUUCAGGUAAACAUCUUAAAGUUUGCGAAUUGGUUCAAGCUAGGUAGGUUUCACUAACCAGUACGAGGCAGUAUAGAUGGUAGUCAAAUUCAGAAAUGUUGACACUCGUAGGAACAAGAAACUUAAAGUGCAUCUCUCAAUUAUAUUUAUAUCUAUUUCAAGCCCUGUGAUUAUCACAGCUUUGUGAUUACCUGCUGUUUCAAUUUCCCGGCUGAUCUAUUAUUUUCUUUGUUUGUAAACAGAUUCCUGUAGUCACAUGACAAAAACUCGUCCAAUCACAUUAGACUUUGCUCAACGUACCGUGUACAGAAAAAGUCGCGAACGUUAA